UUACAUGUUGCUAGAUCUCUAAUAGCGCCUUCUUUAAAGCCUCAUAGCGCCUAUAAAAAGGUUACUUAUCUUCAAGUGGAACUCAUUCACAAGAUGGCUCAUGCACUAGCACUUCAGUUUCUUACUUUACUCCUUUUCUUCUUUAUGAAUGGCCAGGCCAUCACUGCAAGAGACUUGAAGGCAGAGUUGCAAGAUCACAAACCAGUUGAUUCGAAUGAAGAACCUUACCCGACUUCCUACGGUAACCAUGAAGUCAAGCAACCCGAUUAUAUUACCGGGUAUAGAACACAUAGCCACGAUUCCAACAAACCUUACAUAACUUCCUACCGUAACCAUGAAGCCAAGCAACCAGAUUACAUUACCGGUUAUAGGACUCAUAGCCACGAUUCCAACAAACCUUACAUAACUUCCUAUAGUAACCAUGAAGCCAAGCAACCAGAUUACAUUACCGGAUAUAGGACCCAUGCCGAUGAAUCCAAUGGACAGUACAUAACAUCCUAUGGUAAACAUGAAGCCAAGCAGCCAGAUUACAUUACCGGUUAUAGGACCCAUGCCGAUGAAUCCAAUGGACCGUACAUAACAUCCUAUGGUAAACAUGAAGCCAAGCAACCUUACAUCACACAAUACAGACCAACUUCCCUUGAUCUAAAAGGCCUCACAUAUCCAAACUCAAAAGAUCAAGAAGGAUCUGCAUCUCCCAACAUGGAUCGCACAGAAGCUUUCAAGACAGGAUAUUUCAAUAUGGAUGAUCUUUAUGUUGGACAUGUAAUGACUCUCCAAUUUCCAGUCCAAGAGGUUUCUCCGUACCUCUCAAAAAAAGAGGCCGACUACAUUCCUCUCUCAAAAUCACAACUCCCAAGUGUUCUACAACUCUUCUCAAUCGCUGAAGAUUCUACUCAAACCAAAUCGAUGAUAAACACACUUGAAGAAUGUGAAGGAGAAACCGUUACCGGAGAGACAAAGAUCUGUGCCAAUUCUCUAGAGUCCAUGCUUGAAUUUGUGGACAAAAUUAUUGGUUCAGACACCAAACAUAGUAUUCUCAGUACAAGCAAGCCAACACCUACAGCUACCCCUCUACAGAAGUACACCAUUCUGGAAGUAUCACAUGAGAUUCAUACUCCCAAAUGGGUAGCUUGUCAUCCCCUACCGUAUCCAUAUGCAAUUUACUAUUGCCAUUACAUAGCUACAGGGACUAAAGUGUUCAAAGUCACACUUGUUGGUGAUGAGAAUGGAGAUAAAAUGGAAGCUCUUGGAAUGUGUCAUUUGGAUACAUCUGAGUGGAACCCAGAUCAUAUUGUGUUUAGGCAGCUCGGAGUUAAGGCUGGGAAGAAUACUCCAGUGUGUCACUUUUUUCCUGUAAACCAUCUUUUGUGGGUUCCUGAGGAGCCUUCAAAAGCCACCAUGUGAAGGCAGAUGAGCCAUCUAGAUAUGUAUAAUAAAGGUCGAUCAACCUUACCAAUCUGCAAUAGCUAUAGCAUGCAUGUUGGUGAGUGAUUACUGAUGACCAAUUUCCUAAUUCUAUGUUUCUUAGUUGCUUUAUGUACAAGUAAAUUAAAUAUUUAAUGUGGUAGACUAAAAUUAAGAGUUUUCUUAACGUCAAAAUAUAUUAUGAACUAUCACUU